CGCUGCACCUUAGAUACGAACAAAAUGGAAGAAGACGACGAACUAGAUAUGGACUCGCCCCUGGAUGAUAAGGGCUUCUUGCCUCCAGGUUCUUAUUAUUUUGAUACACAAUAUACAACCACCUUCAUCAUGAUGUUUAUUGUGAUUGCAAUGCUUCUCAGUUUGGUUGCCUUUCUCAUCUCUGUGAUCAUCAAAAAAAGAAUUCAAGCACAACCAAAGCCCAGGUUCAGAAAACGAGAUAAAGUGAUGUUUUAUGGCAGGAAAAUGCUGAGAAAGGUUAAAUCAAUAUCUGGGCCAGUGUAUACUGUUCAAAGGAAGAUGAGAAAGAGGAAAGAAUAUAUGGACCUGGCAAAAACCAUUAGAGGGAUCCUGCAGCAUACAGACAGUGACAGGAAACCAAUGCUUCAAGUCAAGGAGCCCCCUCCGGCCAUCUUGGAAGCGGACUUCAGGGUAUUACAGCUCCCUCCAGAGUUCAGAAUCCCUACAGAGGUACUCUACAUGCUCAAGAACAUCAGAGUGUUUGGUCACUUUGAGAGACCUCUCUUCUUGGAGCUCAGUCGAUCAGUAGAGAGUAAAUUCCUACCAGCAGGUGCGUAUCUAUUCCAGAGGGGGCAGCCGGAUGAUAGCAUCUUUGUUGUACAGUGUGGCCGUCUGGUCGUCUACAUCACAGAGCCAGAUGGAUCGGAAUAUGAAGUAAAAGAAGUGACCCAGGGUGAUAGUGUACACAGUUUACUGAGUGUCCUGGAUGUCAUCACAGGUUAUUCUGCACCGUAUAAGACUGUAUCUUGCAAAGCUGCUGAAGAUACGACUGUCCUGAGACUCCCAGCUGUGGCCUUCCAAGCUGUCUUUGAACAGUACCCUGAAUCUAUGGUCAGGGUCGUACAGAUGAUGAUGAUCCGUCUCCAACGAGUGACCUUCCUCACACUGCAGAACCUUUUGGGAUUGGACGCUGAGCUCAUCAACCCAGACAAUAUAAGCAGCAAGUCCUUAGCCAUCCACGCUAUGAACAGCAAAGCAGGCAGUCCAACCAAGAGACAGACGUCCGUUGUCUCUACACCGGCAACCACAGCAGGGGGAUCCAGCUCGGCCCUCUCAACCAGCAGCGCUGAGACGGUCCUGAGAGUUAGCAUGGCGGAGGAGGCUACCGACGUCUUCAAGUCAGCGGAAGAGAGCGACGGGGACCUUAGACAGAGGGGAAGGUCAGGAUCAGUUACUACUCCAUCAGCUCGUGUCUUGGGUCCGAUCAGUAACUGGCGAAGAGCGACCUCUCUGGACGUGGAUGAUACAGGGCGUCUGAGCAUGAGUACAUCAGACUUUGAGGCCGCAGCAGGGAGAGCAAGGGUCACCGGUCUAGAUGACACCAAGCCACUCAGACAGAUUUCAUUAGAGAAUGCUGCCGCAGCAUCAAGCAAGUCGGGAGGAGGGCGUAAGAGAGCCAUGAGCCUGGAGGGAGUCAGUGAGAGAUCAUCUGAGGAGAAGAAAGACUACUCGGAGGAUGAAAUCUUAGAGAUGGCCAAGAGAGAUCUGAUGACACUUUUUGGACUUCCAGACACCUCCCUGCUUGACCAUCAGAUAGCUUUGUCUCACAUCCCAGUGGGCAGCGUAGUGGUCAAGGAAGGUGAUCAGGAAACCAACCUAAUGUUUUUAUUGAAAGGAUCAUUCCUGAUGCUGCAGACUGACGAGAUUUCUGGAAAGGAACGUACAGUGUUUGUAGUAAGUCAUGGUGAGAUGAUCGGUGAGUUAGCCGUACUGACCGGAGAACCGGCUCUCUUCACCGUCAAAGCCAGACAGGACUGCUGUGUGAUCGCUAUCAGUAAGACAAGAUUCUACAGUAUCAUGAGGGAAUAUCCCCAGGUAGUGUUGAAGGUUGGUCAUCAGGUGGUCAAGAAGCUCUCAUCCUUUGUGAGGCAGACAGACUUUGCUUUGGAUUGGAUGCAACUAGAAGCUGGUAAAGCAGUGUACAGGCAAGGGGACCAAUCUCAGUGCACCUACAUCGUCUUGAAUGGUCGUCUGAGGUCAGUGGUCCAGCUCCCAUCCGGUAAGAGGGAACUGAUGGGAGAGUUUGGGCGUGGGGAGAUCGUGGGUAUCGUAGAGGUGUUGACCUUAAAGGAGAGGGUCACGACGGUGCAUGCCAUCAGAGACACCGAGUUGGCCAAGCUACCCACUGGUAUGCUGAACCUCAUCAAGAGGAAGUUCCCACACACUGUGACCCGUCUGAUUGAGAUCCUAGGUCAGAGGUUAUUGGGUCAGGUCGAGGAAAAAAUGGGCUCUACCAAGUUGACGGCUGAAGAGAGAAGGACCACAGUUGAGAACCUGUCCACCGUGGCCCUGAUCCCCGGGUCCGAUGACGUACCUCUGGCUAGGUUUGCCCUGGAGCUGACACAUUCUCUCAGUGCUGUGGGUUCUGUUCUGAGGCUUACUAAGGAGCACAUCCUCCAGACAUUAGGAGGUUCAGCUCUUGACAGUGUCCAUGAGUAUCGUUUGACCAGCUGGCUCGGUCAGCAGGAGGAUCUUCAUAACAUUGUCCUCUAUCAAGCCGACAAGAGAAUGACUGCUUGGACACAGAGAUGUAUUAGACAGGCUGAUUGCAUCUUGAUUGUAGCUCUCGCUGACCGAGAUCCAAACAACGUGAGUGAGAUGGAGACGCAGCUAGAGGCUCUGGCUGUCAGGGCACAGAAAGAACUCAUCCUACUACACAGAGAGAAAGAUGGUAUCUAUAAGCCACCUAGUGGAACUGCAGAGUGGCUGAAUGCCAGAGGUUGGUGUGUAUCUCACCAUCAUAUCCGGUGCCCAAAAAGAAUGUUCAGUAAGCGCUCUCCUGCAAGGGUACGAGAGACCUACGAUCGGCUUUUUGACACCAAGGCAGAUACCAUGUCCGACUUCUCCCGGCUGGCACGCUUCUUGACGGGUACAUCCAUUGGUCUGGUUCUCGGCGGGGGUGGUGCGAGGGGUAUAUCCCAGCUUGGCAUCAUCAAGGCGAUGGAGGAGUACGGCAUCCCUAUCGACAUCGUGGGCGGGGUCAGCAUCGGGGCCCUCAUCUCGGCGCUCUACGCCGAGGAUGUCAACAGCACCAUCAUGGAGAAGAGGUUGCAGGGAUUCUGCAAGGACUUUGGCUCCCUCUGGAAGCGGGUCAUUGACCUGACCUACCCAUCUACUGCCAUGUUCACAGGUCACAACUUCAACAAGAGCAUAAGUGACCUGUUUGGUGAUAAACAGAUAGAGGAUCUAUGGCUGCCAUACUUCACCAUAUCAACAGAUAUCACCAAGUAUGCACUCAGGUUACACACCAGUGGUUCGUUAUGGCGCUAUGUCAGGGCAAGCAUGUCUCUAUCAGGGUAUUUGCCACCUCUGUGUGACCCAAAGGACGGCCAUCUACUGCUGGACGGUGGCUAUGUCAACAACUUGCCUGCUGACAUCAUGCGUGCGAUGGGGGUUCCUACCAUCAUAGCCAUUGACGUAGGCAGUGAGGACACCUCCAGUAUUACUAACUAUGGUGAUGAGCUGUCCGGAUGGUGGCUGCUGUGGAAGAAAUGGAAUCCAUGGACAGAACCAGUUAGGGUACCCAGCCUUGAUGAGAUCCAGUCCCGUCUGGCCUAUGUAUCCUCUAUGAAGAUGCUUGACGAAGUGAAGAAUAGCUCCUACUGUGAAUAUAUGCGGCCACCCAUCAACAACUUUGCUACUUUGGCCUUCCAUCGUCAUCGUGAGAUCAUGGAGGUCGGUUACCAUCAUGGGAUGACUGUAUUCAGUGGCUGGAAGAAGUCUGGAUACCUCCAAGCUCUACUCUCGGAGAAAUCCUCUACGCUUCACAAGCGAGGAAAGCCUGGUCUACCCAACAUGCAUCCUCGUUUCACUGACCUAGCAGCGCUAGUGACCAGGAUGGAGCCUCAAAAACAAGCCAUUCCAGACCCAGAUGAGGUUGACUAUGCAAGAGUAGAAGGUACGGGUGACACCGACGUCGGCAUGGAAACGGAUGGCAUCGGAACCGAAUCUGCCUCGGAAAUGAACCCCUCAUCGGAUGUUCCCAACGCAACGAACAGCGAAACAGUGACGCGGUCCGCCUCGGCUCCCAGUACGGUCAUCGGGAGCGAGAUCUCCAGCGAAGAUGCAAGCGAAGACGACGUCGAGGUCGAAGUCGAUGCCUCUGGGUCAACCCACAGUUCUAUCAGGAAGAAAGUGGAGGGACUCCGGCUACGAAGGCACCGCAGUGAAAGCUCCCCCUCAGAGUAGAAUUGAACUUGCUGAGAACUGUUUAUUUGGAUGUGGUUGCACUCUAUGAAUCCAGUUUUGGAUUGUCUUGACGAGAGUGGAGGGAAGUCGUUGCGGUGAACACUCUUAUCUUAGCAUAACAUUGUACGUGCCAAUGGCUCAUUUUCACAGGGAGAUUACUCUCUGUCAUCCAGGUUUGGGGUUAACAUUUUGCACUACUGGAAAGUGGAGUGGCUGUUGCUUUAAAGACACAGCAGCAGAAACCACGCUUGGAGUGAAGUGGAAUUCAGUUGCACUUUUUUUUACAGGGUUUUACUCUCUACAAUUCCAGUUUGACAGGUUUAAUUGAUUAAUGGAAAUAAGCUCAUGCAUUUUAUUGUCUUGUUUUCAUGUGAAUAAUGGAUGGUUACAUGUUGUUUCGGAAACUCACUGUUAUUAGAAGUCAAUUAGGACACAUAGGCAAAUGAUUCUGAAUAGACUCUCUCACUCAUACCAAAAAACUGCCAAAACUGAGCUGACUUCCUGCUGGAAAACGUCGUGUAAAUCAUAGCUGCAUUGCAGAAAACCUUGUGUAGGGUGCGGUUCAGAAUUAUGCAUGUAAAUUUGCAUAACUCGCUGGCAAACCGCUCAACCAAUGAAAAGCUACGAACAUGAAGCCCCCCCCCCCCCCCACAAAUAUGGCCUUGUGGCCAGACUCGACUACAACAGUGCAACAUACCACUGGCCAUUAAAUAGAGUAAGAUCCCUACUGAGUUUAAACUAUCCGUUUGGAACGAGAAGGGUUCUGUGAGAAGGGUUCUGUAACUCUAUGUUGAAAUGUAUGGGUUCCGAACAGAUGGAAUCUGUAAUUUUGUAGACUAAACUGAGAGAAGAGACCCUUGCUUUUAGUGUAAGUGGAUAACAGCAUCAUAUAAAAGAGGUCCUAUAAAGAAACUAGUUUUGCCGGUGGCUUGGUGCUACAUAUAACUCUUAGUAUGCUGGAUUUUUUUUCUUCAGUGUGUGAAUUAUUUUUUGUGUGUAUGAAAUCUGUAUAGUUGGACACUGAUUUUGUAAAGAGAUUAUUUGUUUUACAUUAAAAAAAACAUUGCUGUUGUUUGACAAUCUCCUGCUCAUUCAAAGAGAAAGUCUUUUGUUUUCAUUACAAAUUGGAGACAAUACAGAUAUGUUUAUUGCUGCCAGCAGGAUAUUUAAAUUUUUUUAAUGGUUAUUCUUGAUGAAGAAAAUGUCCUUCUCUUGGAGUAUUGUUUAAUGAUUUUAUGUCUGUACCUGAAAUAGCACAUUUUACAUGUUUAGUCCAAACAGGGUUUCCAAUCAUUUUUUU